AUGGAACGGCUUCGAGUCAUUGCUUCUGAAUCUCAGAGUUCUCAAUCAACAAAUUCCAGAAGCAAACUGAUAAAUAUAGAGUUACCAUCAAUUAAAGAAAAAGAAAAAAAAAUAGUGGUUAAAGCGGUUGAAGAAGAUCGAAAUUCACUAAAUAAUUCUUUCAGUGAUAGUGAAUCAAUUUCAGAACAAGUUCCAAUAGAAGAAAGUUCUGAUAAAGAAUGUUUUGAGAUACCACCAGAUUUAAGCGAAGAUGAUCUUUUGUUCGAGCAAUUUACCAUUCCUGAUCUGGAUGAUCUUGAAUUUGAACCAGAUCACGAAUAUCCUGGCACUAACAUUAAUUUUGAUGAUUCGAUAGUUUUAUUGGAUAUUGAUCAGCUGCGAUUUGAAAAAUUUCCUACAAGUUCAUAUAUGACAAGAAAAUUUUUAGGAAUCGGCAAACAAGAAGUGACAUUUGCUGUGUGUCCAAGCUGUAAUACGUUAUAUAAAGUUACAGAAAUUUUGCCUACUGGGCAUAAAUGCACGCAUGUGGAAUACCCAAAUCAUUCAAUGCGCAAUCAAAGACGACCCUGUGGAACAGAAUUAACAAAUAAGAUUCUGGUAAAUAAUGGAUUUGUCAGAAGACCGAAGAUGUUAUUCCCUAUACCAUCUUUAAAAAUGCAAAUAAUGACGAUGUAUCAGCGCUCAGGUUUCAAAGAAUUACUACAAAAAUGGACAAAUCGGAUUACCGAAAUGG